GGACAAGCUUUUUUCUGCCCCGCUAUGAGAACCCCGCCCCUCAUCUUUUGUGCACAAUCCGCGUACUGUACAAAAGCCCAUCUUUCAGCCCUUCGUCCUCUACCCUACCGUACUCAAUCUCUAACCCACCAUCCCGAUUCCUACUCUACCUCCCUACAAGACUCUAUUCUGUUAUACCACAGUCUUAGAAAUAAUGACUACCGUCGAUACUCCCAAGGGUAUGCACAUCAUCUUCAACUUUCCCCUGGAUAACUCGGGUGAGGCGAUUGAAAGUACGGGGCUGACGAUCACAAGUCUGGACAACCCUCCUUACCAAUACCAAGUAUCUUUCAGGUCUACUGGCGCUUGAUUUUUCCCUAAAAUCCGUCGGGUCAAGGUACCCUCUGGUAGUCCUGUACACAGACUCUCUUGAGCCAGAAGGCCACGAAGCGCUCAAGCUGCGGAAUAUUCCCACGAAGCGGAUAGAAUAUUUACUGCCCAGUGUGCACAAAGACUAUGGGAAUGACGUUAGGUUUUACGACUGCUGGAGUAAGUCCCUUCCAAGUUCCCUGCGGAAGAGAGAGAGAGAGAGAGAGAUGAGGAAUUGGGAGGAAGUUGAUGAAGGAGCGGGGUGGGCGGGAAUAUAGGCAAAAUGCAGCCAUUCUCCUUGGUGGAGUAUGAACGUGUGGUUCAAUUGGAUAGCGACAUGAUUGUCCGCAAGAAUAUGGACGAGUUGAUGGACUUGGCGCUGGAUAUUGAGGGAGAUAGGGCAUUUGCUGCGUCGCACGCGUGCGUGUGUAAUCCUUUGCAGAAGGCUCAUUACCCCAAGGAUUGGUACUGCAACUUUCCUCUCCUUCCCUCACUAUUAAAGGGGGGGGGAAAUCCUCCUUCUCUAAGUGCUCAUUAACCAAAAGAUAAACUAGGACCUCCUCGAAUUGCGCUUAUACUUCCCAAAGCUCCACGCCCAAAGAAGCCCUCAAGACUGGUGCAUCUAGCACCUUCGGCCUGGGCAUCUGCAACGGUGGUCUCCAAGUAGUCCAGCCCUCACAAAAACUUUACGACCAGAUCGUCAAGGCCCUCAACUCCCCUGUCGCCACCGGGAACUACGACUUUGCUGACCAGAGCCUCCUCUCCGAUACCUUCCGCGGCCGCUGGGUCCCCCUCAGUUACGUUUACAAUGCGCUCAAGACCAUGCGUUCAUGUCACAAGGAGAUCUGGAACGACGAUGAGGUCAAGAACGUGCAUUACAUACUCAGCCCGAAGCCAUGGGAUAAUCGCGAGAGUGAGGACUUCACGCACAAGUGGUGGUGGGAGUGCAAUGAUGCGAGGGUCGCAAAGGAGAAGGAGGCGGGGAUUAGUGAUGGGUGGUAACAUUUGCCAUCGUAUGAUACCUGCAAUUUUAUGCAUCUAGUCGCAAUAGCAGCAGUAUUCGUAGUCGCAGUAAUUUAGUAGAUCACCACCCGCUUUGGCAAACCUGAUGAACUUUGCUUUUCAGAAAAUUAUUCGUUCACUACCAUCGUAAGAAACAGUGUUAGAAGCGCGAAUGGAAAAAAAGGCAAGUUUUUUUGUUAUUUUAUUCAUUUUACUUUUUAUUUCUUGGGUGUAUAAAGAAUGGAGCAAAGACCGGCUCGCAGAACGAGUCUCAUCAGUAGUUUGUGAAGUGGAAAAAAAAAUUAAAAUUGGAAAAAAAAGAGUGACUUUUUUUGAAAAGCCGUAGCUUCUAUGAAUAAAAAAAUAAAAAUAAAAAUAAAACGUAAAAGGAGUGUAGAAAUGCUCAGGUGGACAGUUCGAGCGUGAUUUCCCAAAAAAGACUCUACAAUGACCACCGCCACCGGCCCAAGAGGCCCUCAAUCAAUCAAUCAAUCAUCCUUGAAACGCAUCGGGGACCUGCUUCCUCCAGAACGCCUCCAACUCAGCGGCCGUCGACGGGGCCACGUUCCCAUGCGGAUGUCUGGGCCCAUUAGUAAGGCUUCCACUGCUGGUCCCGGAAGUGUUACGGCCGGGACCAUUCUUGCGGGAGACGUCCUUGACCCCGUUGGAAUAGGAGCUGGAAAAGCUCCUGGAGCUCCCUGCGCCCCCAUUGCAAUUACACCCCGAGGCGUCCCCAUUGCAAUUACACCCCGGGGCGCC